UUACAUGCACCGCUAGGUGUCGAUUCAUAACAUGUAAACGAGAACGUCCUAUCACAAUCAAAACCCUUGGAAUCUUCGUUCAUUUCAAAUCGGAUCCAAGCUUCUGGAGAUCUCAAUUUGACGAUUUGCAGGUUUCUUUCAUUUUUCAAUAACACACUCAGCAAUGGAUCCGAAUGAAUCAUCCAAUUCCAAUCCAACGCAACAGCCGGUGAAUGAAUCAUCCGAUUCCAAUCCAACGCAACCGCCGGUGAAGCCAGACGAUUCGCACUCCGGCGACAACGCUCCAAACCCUAAGCAAGAUGACCUUCCCCCUUCAAACCUCCCUUCCAGUGAUAAUUUUGCAUCUGUCGCCAUCGUUCCUGAAAAACAACCAGAGGUGCCCCCUGCUCCCGAACAACCGUCGCAGACCGCCGCAUCAACGCCAUCGCAAGGUCCAAGCGCUAUUUCCGGAGGUAGCGCCAUUACUGCGCCCGAAGCUUCCAAUCCUUAUGUGACCGCUGCUCCCGUGCGGGAAUCCUCCACAAAGAAUUCAAUGGACUCGGUUAGGGUUCUGUUUAGGAGAUGGGCGAAGAAGGCUGCUGACGCAACAAAGAAGGGGCAAGAAUAUGCUGGAGAUAUGUGGCAACACUUGAAAACGGGUCCAAGUGUUACUGAUGCUGCUGUUGGAAGAAUUGCACAAGGAACUAAAGUUCUUGCAGAAGGAGGAUAUGAGAAAAUCUUUAGAACAACAUUCCAAACAAUUCCAGAAGAGCGACUUCUGAAAUCAUAUGCAUGUUACUUAUCCACUUCUGCGGGCCCGGUUAUUGGAGUACUCUACCUUUCCACUGCAAAAUUCGCGUUUUGUAGUGAUAAUCCACUUCCAUAUAAAGUUGGUGAAGAGAAGAAAUGGAGCUAUUACAAGGUUGUGAUUCCAUUACUUCAACUAAAAACUGUUCGACCUUCUAGAAGCAAAACAAAUGCUGCUGAAAAGUACAUUCAAGUUAUAUCAGUUGAUAAUCACGAGUUUUGGUUCAUGGGUUUUGUUAAUUACGACAGUGCUGUGAAGCAUCUUGAGGGUGCUCUUCAGCCCCACGAAUAUCCACUUGCUAUUGGUAGUUCAAAUUGAUGAACAAUUAUUUUAAUUUUUUCUACAUGCAUUCAAACAUUAUAAAUUCCAAUAAAAAUUUAGAUCAAUUUUGUUUUGUUGA